AUGGAUACCAAGAAAAACACAGCCGGUGAUAGCCCUACGGCUGAAAGCACCUCGUCAGUUGAGGAUGCAUCAUCACCAAGUCCAAUCCCGAAUGGCGGAUUGAUUGCCUGGCUACAGGUCGCUGGCUCAUUUUGCCUAUACUUUUGUACCUGGGGCCUCAUAGCAAGCUUUGGAAGCUUUCAAACAAUUUAUGAGCGCGACCAGCUUUCCUCCCACACGCCCUUCCAGAUCUCCAUCAUCGGCUCUUUACAAACCUUUCUGAUGGUCUUUUCAGGCUUCAUCGUCGGUCCGGUAUAUGACUCUGGCUAUUUUCGACAUUUACUUGCUGUCGGAUCCAGCUUUAUUGUGGUCGGCACUGUGCUACAGAGUCUGAGCACAAAGUACUGGCAGUAUCAUCUCACCCAAGGGCUGAUGAUUGGUAUUGGAGCUGGUUGCCUUUCAAUUUUGAGUGUUGCGGUUACUUCAUUAUGGUUCAAUACGAGAUUGCCUCUUGUAAACGGGCUUGCAGCCUGUGGAAGUGGACUUGGCGGUGUACUACUGCCCAUCAUGGUACGGGAACUCAACGAACAAACAAGUUUGCCAUGGGCGACACGCGCUAUGGCUUUGCUGCUAUUAGUUCUACUUGCCUUCUCCAACCUUGUCCUUCGACCUGGCCCCAAAUCAGGUGGACCGAAACAACGCAGACAGCUUCUUGACAAGACAGCGUUUACAGAUUGGCCUUAUGUACUUUUUGUAUUGGGCUGCUUCUCUGUAUUCCUAGGAAUGUAUACACCGUUCGUCAAUGUCCAGAGCUACGCUCUUGACAACAAAAUUGCCUCUCCUAAUCUCACUGGAAACCUAUUGGCUAUCCUUAACAGCAGCUCAAUAUUUGGACGCAUUCUUCCUGCUUUCCUUGCUCAGAGACUGGGGCCCAUGAACACAAUCGUUUGUGCGGCAGUGUUACUCGCCACCACCAGCCUGUGUCUUAUCUCUGCGAGCACUACUGCGCGACUACUCGUUGCAGUCAUAAGUCAAGGCUUUUUCACAGGAUCAUUCUUCGCGCUUCAGCCAACUAUCUUUGUUAGAUUAACAGGCGAUGCACGAAGGAUAGGGACAAGGUUUGGAAUGGCCUUUUCAGUCAUGUCGGUUGCGUUGCUAUUUGGUUCUCCUGUCGGUGGAGCGUUGAGGAAAAGUAUGGGAUAUACAGCUUCGUGGGUUUGGGCAGGCUUGACUAUUUUUGUGGGAGGUAUGUUGAUAUUGUGCAGCAGACUUCUGAAGGACAGCAAGUCGUUGAGAUUAUGA